GUUUGCCAAUGCUUAAAAUAAGCACUUCUCAAAUCUCAACUUUUAACUUCAAAAAAGCUAAAAGAAGUGUUUGUCAAACCCUACUUCUAAUUAAAAAAAGCACUUUAAAGCCAAAAGAUGGAAGCUAGUAUAUACCAACUUCUAAAUGCUUCUAGGUAUUCUUGUAAAUAACUCAAACUUUUUGGAUAAUUAUAAUACCCCAAAAUCCUUCUAAUCCCCAAAAUACCCUGAAAUGAUUACAACAACCCAUGCCAUCUGCCCCUCUUCGGUUCGUCGUUCCAGCUCUUCUUCCCUGUCGGUUGAACUUAAAUGUCCAGAUGCAAAUUUUUGAUAACCUGGACAUGUGAGUAGAAAUAAAAAAUCAUUUGAACUUAAAAAUCAUGUGAUUAUUGCAAUUAGCCAAUACGGAGUAUAAUUGGACGCUGCUCAUGAAACCUUCAACACUCCACAAAGAUCCUUCGUAUGUACUCAUCGUCGAUUUUUGGAAUAGAAGAGAAGAGAAUAGAAAAGAAUAGAAGAGAAGAAUUGUGGCUUUUAACCCUAGCUAGCUCUUCGAACACAGGGAGGAAAGAAAGCUGUGUUUCUACUUUCUAUCAUCAAAAGGCCAUGACAGCUCCAAAAGUUGAGAAAUCCGAGGAUGAAUGGAGGGCCGUUCUCUCUCCCGAACAGUUUCGGGUCCUUCGAGAAAAGGGCACAGAAUUGCGUGGCACUGGGGAAUAUGACAAGUUUUAUGGGGAAGGAAUCUACAAUUGUGGUGGUUGUGGGACCCCACUUUAUAAAUCUACAACCAAGUUCGACUCUGGUUGUGGUUGGCCUGCCUUUUAUGAAGGUUUCCCUGGGGCAAUUAACCGCUCACCUGACCCUGAUGGAAGGAGGACUGAGAUCACCUGCACUGCUUGUGGUGGACACCUAGGCCAUGUUUUCAAAGGUGAAGGGUACAAAACACCUACAGACGAACGCCACUGUGUGAACAGUGUCUCAAUCAAGUUUGCUCCUGCAAAUAUUUCAGAACCCUGAAGUUGGAGCUGAUCAUAGCCAAAAAACAUAUUCCUUGCUACUCUGAACAUUGGUGGUGGUUGUGAAAACUUUCAUGUUGUUUGUUGUUUUAAAGACUACUACUAUCAGUGUAUAUGCUCUUAUAAAGUGAUGUGAGUUGGAUUGUUUACUAUGAUGAUGUUAUUAUAUAUGAUUAAUUCCCUGGUGCCGUCUUCUAAAUAUUCUGCCUUUUAUUUACUAUAGAACUCCAAGUUAGUAUUAAAAGUGUUUAGGGUUAUUCGGUAAUUUACUAGAACUGUCAUUGACUAUGUUAUUCCUCCC